GUGAUGAUUCUCAAGAAGAAGAUAAGCUAUACGUGUCGUACGAGGCAGUGUAAGAAGUUAUCUAACCAAGAAAAAUGAGACCCAACGCGAAAUUCUGGCGUGAAUCCGCAAGUUUAUUGAUCCUGGGACGGUCUCCACGUGUAUCAUCCUUCAACUACGAAGUGCUCGUGCUCAAGAGAUCCGCUAAGGCGUCUUUCAUGCCAAAUGGCAUUGUCUUUCCUGGUGGAGCAACUGAGGACAGUGACAGUUCUCACGAGUGGUUAUCCCUUUAUCGCGAUCUGGGUGUUCCGGAUGCUCGAAUUGCAAAAUUGAGCCAAAUAUCUGGUCAUAGAUCCUUCAUCUUUGAACGUGAUCGCCCUACUGAUCUAGCCAGGGAGAUUACAUUGCGAAUUGGUGCUAUCCGGGAAACAUUUGAGGAAGUUGGGAUACUCAUUGCUAAAAAUGCUGAGCAAUUUGCGACUGAAUCCCCACUGGCGGACUCUGCAAUGGGAUUCGAUGUGAAGAAGUGGCAGAAGGCAGUUCAUGGGGAUCACAGAGAGUUUAUUCGGUUGUGCCGGGAAUUGAAUGUUGCUCCGGACAUUUUUGCAGCAUACGAAAGUGCAAAUUGGCUCACACCUAGCACCUAUGGCAAGAAGAGAUUUAACACUGCUUUCUUCCUAGUUGCCCUCGCUGAUAAACCCCAAAUUGUUGCAGAGGAAAAUGAAGUACAAUCAUCCAGGUGGGAAUCUCCAGCCAGUAUUCUAAGCAAAGCAAGAAGUGGUGAUUAUUUCCUGCCUCCCCCGCAGCACUAUGAAAUUUCAAAGAUUCAGCACAAGACGGAAAUUGAGGAUCUUGCAAUCUUCAUGCACAAUCGUCAAAAACAUGGCCUUACAUUGAUGUUUCCAUACCAAUUCUACCUCUCCAAUGCUGUGCUGGACGUCUAUCCAGGGGAUUCUUUGUACCCCAAGGAAGUUUCUUUUACCCACCCUAAUCAUGAUAUUGAUGAGUAUAAGGACAAGACAGCAGAUGAGAUGCGAAAGCUUUUCCCACAACAUCAUCGGAAUGAACUGUUAGGACCACAUGCAAGCGUAUGUUGCAAUCUUUUAGUGAAUAUUCCACCGCUCAAUGAGCAGCUCUGCCCCGUUCGGGGAGACACUAAAGCGAAGCUAUAGGUAUAAGAUUAAGGAUUUAAGUCUCCAUGCAUCUUAGGAAAAUCGAUCCUUAUUAGUUGAUGGCCCCAUUUUAUGUAGAUAGGGGCUUAGGGAGGGUUAAGGUAAAUAAGGGGAAUGUGGAGGAAGACAGUAAAACAAUUGUUGCAUUUAAUUUUAGACGAUUCUUUAAUGUGGGAAGAGUGUAUGAUACACAAAUAAAUAAAUACGUUUUUCAGCGUAAGAUUAAAAAAAAA